AUGUCGUUUCUCAAUCUUGAGCUUAUUGUUCCGACUACUCAUUAUACCGACAGCCAACGCCAUGUACGACACGGUGGUUCUCCUUUGUCAGGACAUGUCGCUCUCUCGGCGACUUCACUUCUACCGCUUGUCAGAGUGACACAAAUAAGCGUUCGACUCAUUCAAAUCGUUACAUCUACAGCUGACGGAGAAAAGACCCGGCGAAUAUCAUUUCCUCUGUUCUGCAGUCCAAAGAACGAAUCCCCCCGGCCAAAUGUGACGAACGAACGCGCUAUUUGCGAGGUUUAUUUGCCAAUCUCGACCGAGGAGGAGUUCGAGGUCUCCCCGAGGAAGAUAAUUUCGAAGUCAUACUUUUCCUUGGACAUCCCAACAAACUUACCCGCAACAACCGAAACUCUUCUGGGAACCGUCACCUACGCCGUGGAAGCCACAGCAACAACAUUGCAAGAUGGGACUAUCACGCAGUGUCGAUCGGUGAAGCUGAACCGCCAAAUGAUCCAAGAUGAUCUGAAGAUGACUCGACAUCGCCUUUAUUUCCCCAAAUCGAAUGACAUACAUGGAAUGAAUCUGUCACAAAACCCAACACCAAGAUCUGGUCCAAAGAUCUCCUUCACCGCUGUACUCCGCACCCAUUGGGAGACGAGUCCAGCCGAACGAACAACAGAGAUAUCUCACUUAGUGGUGCGAGAGCUCAGGUGGCAGGCCGAGGAAAUAGUGAAGAUCAUGAGCAAAUGUAACAGAUCGGAUGAGAAGUAUUCUAUUUGUGAACAACAGUCGGUCCGCAGGCUGUGCAACGGGGUUGUAAAAGGAUACUGGGGAUCCUCUCACAAUCCAUACGUCAAGCAAUAUCACGGACAGUGCUUCGAGGAAAAAGCUCGGGAAAAACCAGAGAUUCGCAUUCCAUUUGAUUUCACGAUUCCAAAACGAGCGAUGGUCACGGAUGCCAUUGACCUAGCCGCCUAUGAGCUCGAUGCUGAUGAAGCUGGCCGAUCUCCGAAGAAUGAUCUUAUGAGAACUUUAUCUUGCUCUACCUCGGGCACCCUUGCGGAAGCAAUUACCGUUCGUCAUCAAUUGAGGGUUGAACUGAUCACCGGGGAGGAUGUCUUCCACAGGGAAACUGGCAAGUUGGUCCAGCGAAAAAGGGUUAGGACUGUUGUUUGUCCUGCAGUUCCGUUAAUUGUUUGUGAGCUUUCGACAUAA